AUGCUCUUCACCAACGCCAUUGUCGCCAUCGCCCUCAGCGUCUCUGUCAAUGCCAUGCCCCAGCCGUACCCCAACAAGUGUGGCGACCAGGUCUGCCCUGCCAACAAAGCCAAGUGCUGCGAGGUCAUUGUCAACGGAGUGGCCGAGCUCGGCUGCUUUGCUGAAUGCCCACCCAUCCAAGCUCUCGAGCGUCGACAGCCAUACCCAAACAAAUGUGGCGAUCAAGUUUGCCCCGCAGACAAACCCAAAUGCUGUGAGGUUAUUGUCAAUGGGGUCGCUGAACUUGGGUGCUUCGCGGAAUGUCCUGCUCCGCCUUCAGGAGAAGUAAACUUUGGACGACGCGACGAACCGAUGGUCACCAUCGCUGCAUCACCUCCUAUUGCUACCUUUGGUCCCAAGUGCGGAGACUCCUUUUUCUGUCCCGUCGGCAAGGUCUGCUGCCCUGAUGCACUCUACGAAUGUGCCGAUCCUGACAAGGUCAGCGAACAAUGCCCCAAGCAGUAG